AUAAAGCAGCAGAAGAUGGGCUUACUGAUGAUGAAAUAAUUAAUGCUAUAUUAAAUGUAGAUAUAAAAGAGAAACAUGUAAUGGAUGAAAUUGAAUUUGUGUCAGUAUUAGAAAAAGUUAGUUCAGUAGAAGCAGAAAAUGUU